AUGGCGGUAGAUGAGAAGGGUUCUUCCAAUAUCGAUUGGAAUUAUCCAAAUUUAUUAUCUAAGGAGACAAUUUUACGACUUUUAAAACUAAGAGGUAUUGAUCAACCGGGAAUUGACUCCUUUGAUAAGAAUGUUCUUGUGGAUGUCUACAACCAUUACCUGCUUCCUUUACCUCAGAGGAAAUAUCGUAUGAACCGUAGAGGACAACAAAUGACCAAGAAACAAAUUAUUUUAGCAAAGACGAGCAAAACUCCAAGUGAUGCUGAGAUCAAAAAAAACUCUACCGAGCCUGUUGAGAAAGCCCUUCCUAGAUUUAUGUCUCCCUUUACACCAUCAACAGAUUCUUCCAGUCCGCUGAAACCACCUCCAUCAUGCAUCAAUUUUGAACGUAAAACCAUAAAACUAAAUUCUUCUCGUACUUCGGUCACUAGCAUGGACACAAGUCCUCCAAAGACCUUCAACAAUGGCAACAAGUCUUCUCCAGAUGCUCACGGCUCGAAUAAUAAAACUCCUGAACCAAUCAACAAGACAGACAAGGCAAUUGAUUCACCAGUGGAGAAUAAAAACACACUUGAAAAUAAACGACCAGCAGACGAGGGUGAAAAGGAUUGUCCAGAACCAUGUAAAAAGAAGAAAGUAAUUCCUCGUAUCACUUGGCCAUAA